CAUAAAUAGUGCACAACCCAAUGCAACAAUAUUAUAUGAGCUUUUAUAAUACAUAUGUAAAUCUUUCAUUUCAGUUUUGGAGUUUCUUGUUUGGAUCAGCACCAGCUUUUGAGCGAUGGAGAUGUGUAAUGACACCAGUAACACCCUGGUCCUUAACGGAAAUGUCUCGGUGCCUGAAAAGACAGUGUAUGAGAUGUGCAGCCACAUGCCCGUGAUCAUCCUCUUCUACCUGGGAAUGCAGAUUAUUAACAUGUUCAUGGGCAUCCCGGCCAACCUCAUAGUCCUGUGGCUGAUCCACCGCAACAGGAGCGACUCGUCCACGUCGGACAUCUUCAUCUGGCACCUGGCUGUGCUGGAUACCUUCUUCUGCCUCAUCCUGCCACUGGAGCUGGCCAACCUGCUGUACCUGACCACCAGCAGCACCUGCUACAUACUGCGCUUCUUCUACGGCAUCAAGGACAUGUCGCCGCUCUUCCUGGCAUGCAUCUGCAUGGACCGCUACAUGGCCGUGUGCCAUCCCAUCGUCUUCUACACUCUGAAGGACCAGCGCCAUCGUCCCGUGUGUGCCGGUGUCAUGUGGUUCAUCACGCUAGUGUACGCCAUACUGAAGUGCAUGGGCAACAUCCCCAACUUCGACAAAGUGUUCACAGUCAUGAUCCUGGCCACGUUUGCGUUAAUGCUCUUCUGCAACAUCUCCAUCCUGUGGGUGCUGAGCCAAUCCGUUCCAGGAAUGGAUGACAUGCACCCGGUCAGGAAAAGAGCUUUCAAGACGAUGCUCAUUAUUUUAGCCAUCAUAGUUUUUAACUACUUACCUCCCGUAGCUCUCUUCCCAUUUCAGCGCUAUUUCUCUCCUGAUGUGUUUAAAUGUUAUAUCCAUUACAUAGCUUUCGGCUUCACAGACAUCAGCAGCAGCAUUCAGCCUGUCCUGUACCUGUCCAAUAAGAAGCUGCAAUGUCCAGUGUGGUGCUGUGAGUGUUGCUGCAAUAAAGGCACAGAGACUGGAAGAAAACCUGAGUCAUCCAAGGUGUACAUUAUUAAUGCAUAG